AUGGAUGGAGAGCGGAGAGUGAUUUCCAAGAUGUCCGGGGUCAAAGAUGAUUUCUUCUGUCUUCUUUACGUUGAUGAUGAGAUGGUGGUCCUCGCACCAAUCCUUGUGCUCCUCCUCCAUCAGGCCUCCACACCUCCUGCUGAGGACUCCAUCAGCUCUGCCAAGUUUCCUGGUUCUGGGAGGGUCUCUCACUACUCUUCUUCUUCUCUCCUCCCUCGCCCUUCUGUUCCUCCUCCUACUCCUGCUCCUCCUCCUCCGCGUCCUUCUGCUCCUCCUGCUAAGCGUUCUAAGCUUUCCUCUGCCUCUUCUCGUAAGCAACCUGGUCCUCCAGCUAAGUCUUCCUCUGCUCCUUCUGCUGGUCACUCCUCUGCUCCUCCUGCUAAGCUUUCCUCUGGUCCUCCUGCUAAGUCUUCCUCUGCUGCUCCUGCCCCGCGCCCCUCUGCUCCUCCUGCUAAGCUUUCCUCUGCUCCUCCUGCCCCGCGCCCCUCUGCUCCCCCUGCUAAGUCUUCCUCUGUUCUUCCUGCCUCCUGUUCCUCUGCUCCUCCUGCAAAGCGCCCUAAGCUUUCCUCUGCUCCUUCUGCUUGGCACCCUGCUGCUCCUCUUCCUCCCCCUGAGUCUCCUCCUAGCUUCCGUAAAUGCAAACGAAAGUCUUCUCCUCCUCGUCCUGAUCCUGUUGUUCCGCAGCAGGAGCCUGCCCCGCUGUUUCCUGGACCUGUCCCGGACUGGGUGGUGCAGAUGGAGGCGUACCUGCAGGAGCGGGAGCUGCCCUGGAAGGAGCAGAAAAGGUCAUGUGAGCCGCAGAGGCCUAUUCCACCGAUAACACACAAGUACUCCUUCUAUUUUUAA